UCAGUAUAUUUAAUACCAUUGUGUUUGUCAUUCUUUAACACACUAAACACAUCUCUGUUGUUAGAGGAACUGCAGUUUAUUGUGUACGCUUCGUUUUUCAAUGACAUCGUUUUACGUUCAACUAUUUAACGUCAUUGUGAUUACAGUAUAUAUUUAAUAUACUUAUGGUGAUAUUUAAUUUUUUUUCUCGAAAUAUGCAAGCAUCCACAAACUUGUUUCUUGUUGCUUUUAUUUCUGUUAUUAUUAUUAUUGGAUUCAGUUUCGUUGGCUUUGCUACAUGGCCGCAAUCCUACACGACACCAUUCCGGCUUAACAUAGAGGAUACAGCAAAAGUGCAUUACAUAUCAAGACAUAAAAUGUUAGACGCAGGAGAAAGACGAAGUAACAGUCGAGGCCUCAAUUUGGAUAAAGACACAUCUCUUACUCAUGAUGAACAAGACAUAGCUGCUGAUUUAAAGGACCAAGUCAAGAUUCUUGUCUGGGUGAUGACUGCACCGAUGUAUCACUCGACUCGAGGCAAAGCUGUCCAAGAAACAUGGGGGAAACAUUGUGACAACAUUCUGUUCUUCAGCACACAAAAUGACUCAACCUUACCAGCCAUUGGUCUGAAUGUUGAAGAAAAUUAUGAAAACCUCAGUGCAAAGACAAUCAAAGCAUUUUACUAUUUAUAUGAACAUAAAUUUGAUGAAGCUGAUUGGUUUAUGAAGGUUGACGACGACACGUACGUUAUUCCAGAAAAUUUGAGGUACUUCUUGUCUGAACAAGAUCCCCGAGACCCGGUCUACUUCGGUCAUCACUUUAAGGCUUACAUUGAGCAAGGCUAUCAUAGUGGUGGAGCUGGCUACGUCCUGAGUAAAGAAGCUCUGAGAAGGUUUGGGGAAAAAGGCAAGCUGUUCAGUCAGUGCAAUGAGACGAAUUCUCCAGAGGACGUUGCAAUGGGGGCAUGCAUGGAGAAACUAGGCGUCAAAAUAACUGACAGCAGAGACAGGUUUGGUAGAUCAAGGUUUCACUGUCUGGACCCCAAGCUUCAAGUUCUAGGAGACUUUCCUGAUUGGUAUAUCGAAAUGGAUGCACAUGGGGCGAAAAACGACGUCAGCGACUACGCCAUCAGUUUUCAUUACGUCACUCCGGAGGAUAUGUACGUCUUGGAUUAUCUCGUCUAUCAUCUACGACCUUACGGUCAAUCGUCAAGGUCACAGAGAGUAAAUAAGAGACUUAGACGUUCUCACAAGUCAUUGAAACAGAGAGUCUCUAAACAGCGACAACAAGGGAAGUCAAAGUUUGUAAUUGUUUAAUUACACACAUACAAACAAAGACUAUCUGGAAACAGUUUUUCUGACCUAAGACUUAAGUUGUAAAGUAUAUGUCAUUCAGAAUAUUGUAGUGAUACGAAGCCCUGAACAGAAGGCUUUAAUUUUAUAAACUCUUCAAGCUUCAAUAUAAAUAUUUAUCAAUUUAAUAGCAUGUCAUAUUUGUGAAGAAAAAAAAAUAAAAUUUGUUUGAACUAUUUCCUUAUAAUGAAUUUGUAUAUUUUUGUCAAAGUAUAUUUAUAUUUUCUUUUGUAUGCGGAGACUCCCUUAAAGGGUAGCCCUGUGCGGCUGCAAUGUCCUUUAAGGGGUAGCCUGUGAGGCUGCAAUGUCCAUUUGAAAUUGUCAUGUACAGUUGUGCAAAAGCACUUGGAACCCUAAGGCCAGCAAAAGCGAACAAGAGCUCCCUUCUACCGGCCUGAAUGAACGGCGCAAACCUCGCAUACACCGUUCUGUCUGACAGGGGGUGAGACUCGGGUUUAGUUUUGCGAUUACUUCCGAUGGACUAGACAAUUGAGACGCGGCCGAAGGCCGCACCACCGGGAUCCCCGUCAUUAUCCUUUGAUUUACCAGGCUAACCAUGCGGGACACGCCAUUUAUGUAACGGCACCUUGAAGGACGGCGCCUGGACGUUGACAGAUCGCUGUGGGAGAUCUUUAACAUCCCCGCAAAGUGCAAUGAAAUUGUUCUCACAACUCUUAGGCACUCUCACUCUCAGCCUUGUUGUCCUACCCUUAGGUCUAGCCGUCCCCUUUUAUGACCGUUUCCACCGGGGCGCCACGAUGAGGCAGGGUAGCGUGCUCUUGCAAUGUCCUACAGUUUUCUCAUUUCGGCCAUGUGUGCGCUUUUAGACCUAUUUUAAUCCUUUAUUUCUAUACAAUGGUUAUAGAAUUUUAAAAUAUUUUAAGCAGAGUUCAAACUGUAAAUUCAAUUCUAUAUUGAUUAAAAUCUUUUUUUUCAGUUCAAUCCGAUUAAUCGGACAUCAUCGGAAUGCGAUGUUCUAUUCCUAAUAACCGGCUAGUCCAAUUAACCGCAUAAAAGUAUUUUGUUAUGGUACUUUUUUAUUAGAUCCUAAUAGGGCUGGUCCGAUUUAUCAAGUGUGUGCUAAACCUGAUGGAGUAAAGUGUUUAGGUGUGCUUAUGAUAUUGUAUCACGAGUCACCAGAGUCGAAUGAAGAAUUUAUCUCUAUACCAGGAUAAUGUUGUUUUUGUUUUUUUUUUGUUGUUUUUUUUUAUUUCCAAUUUAAAAAUUCACACACAUAUUUUGAUGUUUAGUUUAUACUUUGAAUUCUUUUGUUUUUUUAUACAUAAAUUAUAUUUUAUUACUGUCGAAUCUGGAAUGAACUAUGUUUGUAUCAGUAGUGUUAUUUCUACAUAAACAAUAUGUUUUAUUGGUGUUCUUGAUAGUCACGAAAAAAAAAAAUCUUUGUGGAAACAUAUUUCGUUGCGGAUAUGUUUGAUUUGUGUGAACUUGUGUAACGCCUAGGCAACACCUGGCCUCAUCAUUCUUAGUGAAGUGGUUUGUAACGACGCACAUCCCAUAAAGUGUUUGUCCUACAAUUCGUAUUGUUAAUAUAAGAUUUGGUUUUCAAAGACAUGUUCACGACAUUCAUUUUAAAUUGUUAUAAUAAAUAUGUAUUGCUUAUAUUA